AAACUAGUUGAAGAGUAUUUUCAGACCGGAGUAGUCGGUUUGAGAAACAGCUAUUAAGUAAUAACAAAAUUUAUGAAUUUACUAACGGACAUUUAUUCGCAUCGCCAAGUAAUUUAUUAAUCGACAUACUAAAGUUGUAAUCUACCUGAGGUUUUAGCGUGGUAAAUGGAGGAGAAGAAGAAAGACGGAGACCCGGAGAUUCAGGAACACGGACCCGAACAUUGGUUCUCAAAAUGGGAGCGGCAGUGUUUGGCCGAAGCGGAGCAAAGGGAGUCAAACGAGGAGGAGGCCGAUAACGACCAGGAUAAAUUAUGGCAUCUCUUCCAGAAUUCCGCCACUGCUGUGGCUCAGCUCUACAAAGACCGAGUAUGUCACCAACAGGGCGGGCUUUCUUUGUGGGUGCCCUUUCAGAACGCUGCCACAGCCGUGACCAACCUGUACAAAGAGUCUGUGGAGGCCCACCAGCGUAGCUACGACCUAGGUAUACAGAUCGGCCACCAGCGUCGCAACAAGGAUGUGCUGGCCUGGGUGAAGAAAAGGAGGAGAACCAUCCGGCGAGAGGACCUCAUCAGCUUCCUGUGUGGUCGGGCCCCACCCCCCCGGAGCUCCAGAGCCACCCUCACCCCAGGACACAGACUGACCAUGGUCUCCCCUAACCGGCCUCCCCCGGCCCCUGAGACUGACUCCUCUGUGGAGGCUGACCUCCAGCCCUUCAGAGAGGCCAUCGCACUGCAUGGUCUAAGUGGGGCUAUGGCCAGCAUCAGUGUUCGUUCCGGUACCCCAGGCUCUCCCACCCACGUGGGGGGUGCUGGUGGGGGUGGGUCGACUCCGGUGGGGCGUCGGCGUAACGGUCUCCAUGAUGUGGACCUGAACACUUUCAUCUCCGAGGAGAUGGCCCUGCACCUGGACGCUAACCCCAGGAAACGCAGCUCCGCCCAGUGCAAUGACGUCAUAACAGACUCCCCCACCCAUAAACGCAACCGGAUGAUCUGAUUGGGCUGGCACUCCAGGGAGGGUUAAGAGACCUUUGUGGGAGGGGGGGGGGGGGUUCUUCAAACAGACAGACUGAAGGCUGUAUGGCUGUGGAGUGAACCGGCGGCGUUGAGGAGUAAGGAGGCCUUCCAUUUAGUUGAGUGGGUGGUGUCCUCCUGUCCUUGUCUCCUUUCCUAGUUGAGAGCACUUGUCUAAACUGAAAGCAUGCUUGUUGGAAACCUGUCAUCAACCUUCCUAACCCCGUUAGGCUGCUUCUACACAGGUAGCCUAAUUCAGAUCUUUUUCCACUAAUUGGGACUUUUGACCGAUCAGUUCUUUUCCCAAUAAUUGGGCAACAGAACAGAAUUGGGCUGUGUUUGUAAAUGCAGCCUUAUUGAUCAGUGCUUGUGACUGUGAGGAACGGAAGCGAGGACAGAAAGGCAUCAAAUCAAGGAGGUUUGGAUGCAGCCCCCUUUCAGAGGAGAAAUGCACUGUGCUGAUUUGAAAUAAAAAAGAAGCCACUUGAUCCUCUACACUUGUCGCCCCCACCUCUCUCUCUCCUCCCCCCCCAUCCUCACCCCUCCUCCCUUCCUAAGGAAACGAGGGCUGUGGAAAACGUGUUACUCAGUGAACUAGAUAAUGAUUGAUGCCAGAAGUGGUUCUGUUGGAGAGAUGCCUUCUUUGCUAGAACUUAUUGCUUUGUGUUAGUCAUCCUGCUCAGUGGACAUUGAUGCAGUCUGUGAUGAUGAUGAAGAGGAGGACAUCCCUCACUUGAGAUUUCCUGACUGUGUCCCAAAUGGCACCCUAGUCCCUACACGGCACCCUAGUCUCUACAACACAGCCCCUACAUCCUAGUCUCUACACUACACCCUAGCCACUACACCCUAGUCUCUACACAGCACCCUAGUCCCUACACGACACCCUAGUCUCUACAACAUAGCCCCUACAUCCUAGUCUCUACACUCUAGUCCCAACACAGCACCCUAGUCCCUACACCCUAGUCCCUACAUCCUAGUCUCUACACAGCACCCUAGUCCCUACAACAUAGCCCCUACACCCUAGUCCCAACACAGCACCCUAGUCUCUACACACUAGUCUCUACACCCUAGUCCCAACACAGCACCCUAGUCUCUACACCCUAGUCCCUACAUCCUAGUCUCUACACCCUAGUCCCUACACCCUAGUCCCAACACAGCACCCUAGUCCCUACACCCUAGUCCCUACAUCCUAGUCUCUACACAGCACCCUAGUCCCUACAACAUAGCCCCUAUACCCUAGUCCCUACACGGCACCCUACUAUAUUACAGCAUAGGGCCCUUUUCUAAAGUGUUGCACUAUACAGGGUGUUUGGGAGCAGCCCUACUGUCUCCUGUGUCUAGUUUGAUGGCUGUGGGGUCUGAGGGCUGUUGAUGUUUGAUUGUAUAGGCUUCCUUUCUGUCUGACAACUGCUUCAGCAGCCACGUUAGAGGGUCAGCGUCCCAAAAUACCACCCUCUUCCCUAGAUAAAGGGAACUACUUUUUGCCUAUAGGUCACUCUGGUCAAAGUAGUACACUAUGUAGGGAAUAGGGUGCUAUUUGCUGCACUAACCCCAGUGUUCAGGUUCAUAUACCUCUGCUGCAGUUGGUUCAUUUAUACACCGCCUUGCUUUUUCUGUUGAGGGGUAUUUCACAGUUGAGGAAUGAUCCGUGUUACUUAAUGCCGGGAUGCUAUCUGACUGUUGCCAGACUGACCCUCCAGUCAGUGAUGUAGUGUGGAGACGGAUAGGAAGGUAAAAACUAUGAGCACCGUUCACAGUGACUAAAUGUAAUGCUCCCUAAACUUUCAAUGCAUUUUUUUGUAUGUAAAAGAUGGGACAGGUAAACGCUCCCGCAAAAUAACCUGUGUUUCUACUCCACUACACCUCUGCCCCCCUUUUUCUUCUGAGUAUGUUGAUGUUUUCUGAGUAUUCUGUUCAGUGUGGUUGUGUGUUCACCAUAUUACCUGAGUUGGAAUAAGGAUUUUUGCACUUAAGCCUCUUUUUCACAUCUAAAGUCAUGCAAGUUGAUCUUCCACCGGAACCAACCAGGCAGUCCAUCCUCCACCUGAGGUAUUCAACCAGACACCACCUUCACCUCCCCACCCUCUGGAACUGGGGGGGUUCACCUGCCACUAAACGGAAGAGAAACAAACUGAAAUGUUUUGCUACGUUGUGCUGUAAUGAACAUGCCCCAAACCAGAAGAGAAAGACUGAAAUGUUUUGCUACGUUGUGCUGUAAUGAACAUGCCCCAAACCAGAAGAGACAAACUGAAAUGUUUUGCUACGUUGUGCUGUAAUGAACAUGCCCCAAACCAGAAGAGAUCUGCUGUUUGUUUGUUUUCCGUUGCAAAACGUUUUGCUCUGCUGUGCCAUACUGAACACUACCCCAGAUUAAGAGAUGUGGUAGGAGCUAAAGUGGAGGCCCCAGAAACAAACUGACAAUUGUUAUUUUAGUGAGCGAGGGGUCUACAUCCCGAUGUCCACACUACUGUUUAGUAUGCCGUAUGAAUGGCCAAUCCAGUGCAUCGCUCCAUACUAAGUGAUAUUGUGACGUAGUCUGUCUUCUAAUGGGUGUUCAUUAUUGACUUGUUGAUGUGAAAAGAUGCAGUUGCCUGACUAUUAAAGCUGAAAGGGAUAGUUUACCUGAA